AUGGCGACUCCUGAGACGAACAAGCAGUGGACUACUGGUCAGGAUGGCCUCGAGAACUUGAAGUUUGGCGACGGAGAGGUUCCGAAGCCUAAGGAUGGUGAGGUUCUGGUCAAGAUCCAUGCCGUUGGCUUGAAUUACCGUGACACUGAAGUCAUCAAUGGCGAUUAUAACCAUCACGCCUCAGUUCAAGACACUACCGCUUUGGUGCCCUGCUCCGACAUGUGCGGUACCGUCAUCCAGAGCUCUUCAUCCAAGCUCAAGGCUGGAACUCGCGUCAUGUCCAUCUUCAACCAGACUCAUCUCACCGGUCAAGUCAAGGAAGCUGAUAUGGCCUCUGGUCUCGGCCUUCCUCUCUCCGGUGUUCUAACAGAGUACCGCUGCUUUUCCGCCGACAGCCUCGUCCUCGUCCCGGACUACCUCUCCGAUGAGGAGGCUGCCUGUCUACCCAUCGCUGCCGUCACAGCCUGGAUGUGUAUCAACGGCAUGCGACCUCUAGGUCAACCAGCUGAUGGCAACAAGAAGAAGGAGAGUGUUCUCCUACAAGGUACAGGCGGUGUCGCUAUUGCGGGUCUCCAAAUCGCAAAGGCAGCUGGCCUCAACGUCAUCAUCACUUCUUCGUCCGACGAUAAGCUCGAGCGCGCAAAGAAGGAUCUCGGUGCCGACACAGGCAUUAACUACCGUACACAUUGGGAGUGGCAAGACCCCGUCAUGAAAGCCACCAACAACCAGGGCGCCGACAUCAUCUUCGAGACAGGCGGCGCACGCACACUGCGCAAGUCAUUCGAUUCAGUCGCUUUCGGCGGUCUGAUCAACUGCGUCGGCUACCUCUCUGGCAAGGAGGAAGAGGAGGAUAUCGGCGGCAAGGUUGGCGUCAACGUCCUCGCUCUACGACGAAACGUGACGCUGAAGGGUAUUCUCAACGGACCUAAGGAUCGGUUUGAGGAGAUGGUUACUUUUUACGAGAAGCAUGGUAUUCACCCUGUUAUUUGCAAAACCUUUGGGUUUGAGGAGGCGAAUAAGGCGCUUGAGUACUUGAGCAGCGGACAGCAUUUCGGAAAGGUUGUUGUCAAGGUUUCCAAGAGUGGUUAG